ACGUGAUCAAAUUCGUUUUUUCUUUCAAGUAAUGUUCAAAACUAAUGUAACAAUUAUUUUAUUAUAUCAUUUUAUUGUUAUUAGUAUGUAACACUCUGUAAUGGCGAAGAAUCAAACAAGAUUCUGGAUCGAAAUAAAUGGGAUUUACGGGUAAGUGAUUUAUCAACUUUGUACAUUUACAUCACAUGAGUGGAUUUGUCGAUGUGUCUGCCAAUAUAUCUGAACAAGCAAUCAACCGAUAUUAACGACAUGCUAUAUUGAGUGAAACAGCGAAAUAAUAUUUGUUCUUCACUUGUCAAUUAAUUUGCAUGUCUAAAGGCUAACCAGAUGUAUCAUUUUCACUGCAGACGAUGACUCUCAGUACACUUUUUAACGGCUUUUUUAUACUGAGCAUGCUACUCCAUUACAGAGACUGACAAAAUGACAAAAGAAUUAUCUCUCUAGAAAUUUCAGAGCAGCUCAUUCACAUCAUAUCUGAAAAUUUUCAUUCCUGUCCCAUUCUGUGCAAUGCCAAAAAAGCUUUAGCCUCGGUUCCUGUAAUCCACCAAAUCUCACCAAUAGUUUUUGUCAUAAUAUUCAUCGUUGCAUAGAAAUACUCCAUUACUUCACGUAUGAAGAAUUUUUACUAUAGCAAAAGUAGUUUGAAGAAUCAACAAUACUCAGAUGCCGGUGUGCAGGACUUCAGGGAACUUAUACAAAAUCGAAUUGCAGAAAAAAUAUAUCGAAUCCCAACUUAGUGAGAUGUAUUAUUGCUAGCCCAAAACUAAUUACUCUCCAAUGUAUAGAAUCUAAAAAUUUCUCAGCAUUCAUUGCUAGCACAGUCUUCGUGGCUGAGAACCACUUCCAUAAACUUCAUGUACUACUCCGUGAUCCGCACUCCAAAUAGGAGCACCCCCUCCUCCCUUCACCAAAUCUAAUUAAUCAAUCUUUUUUAAUUUCAGUGUUUUUUUCUCGUUAAUAUAGUCUCAAAGUGUCCUAUGUCGAAUGCCAUACGAACUAGAGACCUUCAUUCUUACUUAGUAGUUUUAUGGAAACGGAUUUUAGAAAACCCUAAUAGUGAAACCUCACUGUGGUUUAUUAAUAAUAUAUCUAAGUGUAAUUCCACGUUUCAAAUAAGUGAAAAGAAACCUCCAUGGAUCCUCUCAAUCCACUAAACAUGAUCUAAUUUUGACCGAACUCAUUUAAGGAAUAAAAAAUAUGGUAUAUUCACCGUGUUGUACUUUAAAAAGUUUUGUAUUUUUCUCGAAAGAAAAUUGCAGAAUCGCUCCUGUUUCUCCAGCGCACUAUGCUGGAUCGAGAUGAAACCUUUUUUUUUUUUUACAUAUGCUAGAUACCUUGAGUGUGUCGCUUUCUUCUUUUAGAGAAACAUUGUUUUGCUGAAUUUUAGCAGAUAUUUGCUCCGAUCAGCAAAAAAAUGUUUCUUAGGAUACACGCUGAACUUUAGCUUUUAUAUUUGAAGGAAAUAAGAUGAAAAGAAAUAGACAAGAGGCAUACACCAAGCAGUGUCUAGAUUCCUGUAAAAGAUGUUUCAGCUCGAUCGGACAUAGUAUUUCAGAGAAACUAAGACAAAAGGUGAGGUCAUUUUUAGCUCUUGCGAUUAGUAUAUUUUAUAGCAGAGAGCAUCGCGCCAAGUCGAGUCUUGCACAAGUUUCACUCUAUUUCCCACAGUCUAUGUGAGCUAAAAGUUUCAGAAUUUGCCACAGAGUCAUUCUCGGGAAAUUUCAGAAAUAUAAGGGACGGGAGAGUGCAGCGGUAUCCUUAACGUGAAUCUAUCGCUCCGAUGAUUCAUUUUCCGAUUUGUUUGCUAUGAAAGUAACAUCGUAUGUCAUGGCAUUUUCGCCUCCUCUUUAUUGUCCAUUCGAAGCAAAAUAGUUUGUUACUUGGAAGAGAAGCAUUCCAAGUAUUUCAUGGUUCCUUCUCGUCGAUGAAAAAUGACGAGAUCCACCAAUGAUCCAUAUUGUCGGACGUUCCGUCAGUCUCUGCUCCAUGACUGUAUCUUUGUAUUGAAUUCAUGCAAUAUACGGAUAAACACUUAUGAGUAUAAUUUCAAAGAAAUAUAAUCUUUUCUUUUUUUCAGCAAGCCAUCGCGGACUAUUUUAACGACAACGGUAUGUCUCUCGAAUAUUUCUCUCACAUUUCAUCAAAAGACUUAUUUAGAUUCAGAAUUAAUUAACAGUGCAAAAUCCAAGCCAGUGCUGACUAGCCUUAUUAUAAAUCAAGAAAAAGAUCAAUAUCUUGCAAAAUACAUUCAAGAAUUGCAGCACCAAUCAAAUGGAGAUAUGGCAGUCUUAGAACAGAAAAUUGCUAGUACCAGAAUUAUGGGUGUGCACAAACGAAUUGGAUUUGCUGCUCACGAUGGAAAGAAACAAGAACUGAUCGAGUGCCUUAAAAAACAUAAGAAUAUACUUCUUAAACACAAACUCUAUGGUACGGGUACAACAGGAUUGCUGAUCGAAAAAGAACUGAAUGUGCUUGUAACACGGUUUCAAAGUGGUUCCAUGGGUGGCGAUCAACAAUUAGGAGCAAAGAUUGCUACAGACGAGCUUGACAUUCUCAUCUUUCUCAUUGAUCCAUUGAGUCCUCAAGCCCAUGAUGCCGACGUCAAAGCACUUCUUCGAUUAGCUGAAGUGUAUAACAUACCUUGUGCAACGACUGCUACUGCCGCUGACUUUAUACUCACUUCGGGAAUGAUGGAGGAACUUUGUAUACGACAGGUGUCGUUAACCGGAUACCCGAAAGCGUAA